AGACUCGGAUGCGGAGAGUGAAGCGUCGGUCGACUCCUUCUGCUAUGCGUCCGAGUCUGAAGUGCCCCCUCCACCGCCAAAGCCGAAGCGAAAUAGGCCUCUGGCGGAGCAGCAUAUGAUCGAGGACGCGGUGGCGUCGAUACGACUGCAUGUCAACCACCAUGACCCAUACGAGGAGUGGGAGAAGGAUACACGACAGGAGGCCUUCCGUGUUGCAAGGCAGCACCAUGCGCAAGAACGUGUGCAGCACCGAAAGGAGCGGAACGAGGCUCGGGCCCGGGCUCAGCAAGAGCUCGCAGCCAUCCACGAGCAGCAGCUCCGGGAGGUUCAGCUGCAGCUCUCAGCGUUGAACGUAAAGAAGCAGCAGGAAGAGGAGGUGCUUCGCUCGCAGUGGAAGGAGCGUGACCGCAAGCUUUGGGAACGCAUCGACGCGGUCAUCAAGAUGGAGGAAGACAAGUUGCGUGUGAAGCUGGAAGCUGAGCGGAAGAAGCGCGAGGAGGAGGAGCGUGUCCGGAAGGAGGCAGAAGAGAAGAAGCGACUAGAGGAGGAACGAAGAUGCAAAGAGGAAGAGGAGAAGAGGAAGCAGAAGGAGAAGGAGGAGGAAGAGGAGCGACAGCAGGCAGAGGCUGAACGGCUGCGGAACGAGCGAGAUCGCGCCGAGGAGCAGGAACGCAAGGCGUUGGGUUUCACGACCGCGUUUGAGGACUGGAAGCGCGCUAGGGAUACUCUGAAGGCGAUCAAGACAGGACCAAUGAGGAUAGUGAAAGCAGACAAAGCUCUGAAGGCUAUCUGGAGUGCUGGCCGUCGGGCGAUCACUCCUAAGAUCGGUCAACUCACCAACGACGCGGAAGCCAUCAACAAGAUUUCGCAACAAAUCGUCGAGAUUAUCCGUCCACUCCAGCCCCAUCCCCCGCCAGUUUACGUCGCCCUCCUUUCCUCCCUUGCGAAGGCCAUACUAUUGCAAGCCGAGACAGAAGUCACGGCCGAGAAACGGAGCGCCAUUCCCCUUGCCCAGGUCACUACCAAUCUCCUUGGCGUGCUGGACAACUUCGCAGAUGUAUUCUGGGCGAAGCUAUGUCAGCGGACAGGCGGAUGGCCAGUGCCCCUUGUCGUCCCUUCAAAGGAUUCCGAUGGCACAGCGUUCAGCGAAGAGGGCAGACGGAAGGCGCUAGGCUACCGCGGAGAGGACGAAACCCUAUCGGAAUACUCCAGCAGGGUGACCGGUAUGAUGCGGGUUUACUUCCACAUCCUUGUGGCACGAGUGAGCCAGCCGCUCGAUCCGGUGGUCCGGCUGCCGCGAUACUGGACGUUCGUCUCGCGGAUGCUGAAGGACCCGCAGCUGCUGGAUAGCUCCGUGGCUCCGCAAGUACUGCACGCCGCGUUGGAUGUGGGCGGCUUGCUCGCGCGCGAGGUGUGGGGCCAGCAAUGGGUCCGCUUGCUUUCGCUCUUGUACGAUGGUGUCACUGUUGGUUACCAUGGACUGGCGGGUCGUCUCAUUGGCGGACCCUCUCCGGAGGGCGUCGCUGCGCGCAUGCGGGUACAGCUCGAGAUCGAGCGUAUUAUGAGCGCGUAACGCGUUGUAGGGCGACGAGAUAGAUCUCGUGUACCAUUGACGAUUUUACGGAUGUUAGCUUGAUGUUACCGUUGUAUUGCUACCAGUAGAUCGCGUUUAUUUG